GGCGCACGGUGCCAGAGCCAGGACCACUGGGAGCCUCUGCAAGCGCAAUAACACCCGACACGCCGAGAAGAAAGUGCUUUCUUAUCAAUUAUUUUCCACAGUGCGCAUGGGGGGGGAAGCAGGGCUAUGACACGCGUAUAAAGAGCCGCAAAGUUCAGUGUUAACGCAGGCGGAUCCUUGUUUUAUUCCCCCCCAAAGAUGAAUAAAGACUUGAAAAGCCUGCUCGCUCUGCUCUUCCUCGUGUUGUGCGCCGCGGUGCAGCGAUCCGACUCUGCGGCUUGCCAUGGAUGUGCAGGAUCCAAAUGUGACUGUAGUGGAGUAAAAGGAGAAAAGGGUGAUAGGGGUUUCCCAGGUUUGACGGGACAGCCGGGUGUCCCAGGAUUCCCUGGACCAGAAGGACCAAUUGGACCCAGAGGCGAGACGGGAAGUGAUGGACCUCAAGGACAAUUUGGUCCAAAAGGAAUUCGAGGACCUCCAGGAUUGCCAGGAUUUCCAGGAACACCAGGACUUCCAGGUCUGCCUGGGCUUGAUGGUCCUCCAGGCCCGAGAGGAGUGCCGGGUUGCAAUGGGACAAAGGGUGAGAGGGGUUUCCCAGGAAGUCCAGGAAUCCCUGGGCAGCAAGGACUUCUGGGUCCACCUGGUCUGCCAGGACAAAAGGGAGACCCAGGCGAUGUUAUCUCCACCAAUCGUUUUGGAGAUAAAGGAGCACCAGGUUUGCCCGGCUUGCCCGGAGGUCCUGGCCGACCUGGAUCUCGAGGUCCAGAAGGUCCACCAGGUCCCCCGGGACCCAGAGGCUAUGAGGGUCGUCCAGGUCCUCCCGGUAUUCCCGGGCCUAAGGGAAAUAUGGGUUUGAACUUCCAAGGACCCAAAGGAGAAAAGGGUGAACAGGGUUUACCAGGACCUCCUGGUCCUCCAGGACAGGUUGGGGAGCAGAUAAAGUCACCUGAGGCAGAGAUUCAGAGAGGAGACAAGGGUGACCAAGGACCUCCUGGCCUUCCAGGUGAUCCAGGCUUCCCAGGUCCUCCGGGUCCCUCUGGUGGCCAGAAAGGAGAAAAGGGAGAACCGGGAGAGGUGGGCAAACGAGGUAAACCAGGCAAAGACGGUGAUCCAGGUCCUCCGGGAUUUCCAGGAAUCAAAGGAGAGCCAGGCUUGCCGGGCCUUCCAGGCCGGGAUGGCGAGAGAGGACAAAAAGGUGAUCGUGGAUACCCGGGUCCACCGGGACAGGUUGUUGGCAGGCCAAUAGGGAGUCAGGUGGGACCUAAAGGUGAGCCUGGGUUACCAGGAGCACCUGGACCCGAAGGAGAUAGAGGAAUACCAGGCUUUACAGGACCUCCAGGAGCACCAGGACCCCCAGGUACUGGUGGUGGUGGCCAGCCUGGACCUCCAGGUUUCCCAGGAGAAAGAGGUCAGAAAGGAGACAUGGGGCCUCCAGGGAUCUCUUUGCCAGGUACUCCAGGACGUCCGGGGAUUCCUGGAUUGCGUGGUCUACAAGGGCCCCCCGGACCUCCAGGCACUUCCACAGGUCAAGGCUGCGUACCUGGACCACCUGGGGUUCCUGGUUUACAAGGAGAGAGAGGUUACCAAGGAGAGACGGGCCAGAAAGGUGAGAAGGGCGACACCUGUGUGAACUGCAUGGGAGGUGUUAAUCCCAUCCCUGGCCCUCCAGGACCUCCAGGACCGUCCGGAUUUACCGGACCUCCUGGUUCCCCAGGUUUCAAAGGAGACAGAGGAUUCCCAGGAACACCUGGCUCUAAUGGUCCCAUUGGUCCUCCUGGUCCUCCAGGUCCUGUUGGCUUUCCUGGACAAAAGGGAGAACCAGGUGACCCUAUCAACGUCAACGGUCUGAAGGGAGAGAAGGGUGACACUGGCUUUCCCGGUCCACCAGGUCUGCCCGGUCUGGAUGGUUCGCCCGGUCGUGAUGGAGCGCCUGGACCUCCUGGGCCUAAAGGAGCUCCUGGCUCAUUGUUAGUGAAAGGAGAACGAGGGCCCCCCGGUGACCCAGGUUUCCCUGGCAAUCCAGGAGACAGGGGUCCCCCGGGUCCCCCUGGAUUUGGGAAUCAAGGACCUUCUGGAGAGAAAGGUGUCCAGGGUGUCUCGGGAAGACCUGGAACUCCUGGUGCACCUGGUGCUAAAGGUGAACCGGGUCAGACAAUGACAGAGAAAGGGAGCAAAGGAGAAAGAGGUCGGGAUGGCGAGCCUGGGCUAUCCGGUUCACCAGGUUCAGCAGGUCAGCCCGGACAGCCUGGUUUCCCUGGUUUACCAGGAUCAAAGGGUGAACCCGGACUCCCAGGCAUUGGACUCCCAGGACCUCCAGGACAAAAAGGAUUCCCAGGUGUCCCCGGCCAGGCAGGAGCCCCUGGAGGACCAGGAAGACCAGGGAUAGAUGGACGUCCCGGUGAGCCUGGAUUGCCUGGAGUGAAGGGUGAGCCUGGUUUUGGACUGCCUGGUUCUCCAGGUUUAACAGGACUACCGGGACCUAAAGGUUUCCCUGGACCAAAGGGAGAUCUUGGUUUCCCUGGUAGUCCUGGUUCACCAGGCCGGCCUGGAAGUGACGGAGUUUCAGGAUUCAAAGGUGACCCUGGUGCACCUGGUAUACCUGGACCUCGUGGCCCACCUGGACCCCCCUCUUUUGGUACACAGGGUCCCCCAGGACCUGUGGGACCUCCAGGCCCAAUGGGACCACCAGGGCUCCCUGGAGAAGAUGGCGGAAAAGGAGACCCUGGCCCUCCAGGUCUAGACAUCCCAGGUCUGCCGGGAAACCCAGGAGCUCCAGGUUUCCAAGGUACCCCAGGACCGAUUGGACCACCAGGACCACCUGGAGGGCCUGGACAGGAUGGUGCGCCUGGAUUUCCAGGUGAGAAAGGUGACAUGGGUCCUAUAGGACCACCAGGACCGGCAGGAGGACCAGGGAUCCCAGGAGGACCUGGUGCUUCUGGACUUAAAGGUGAACCUGGAUUCCCAGGUAGAGACGGUACACCAGGUCCUUUUGGCAUUAAAGGAGAGAGGGGAGACGUUGGCCUCCCGGGAUUGCCAGGAGCUAGUUUUCCAUCACAGGCCAUAAAGGGAGAAAAAGGAGACCCUGGACAACCAGGUGGAUCAGGUUUUCCGGGUCCCAAAGGUGCUCUUGGUCUCCCUGGUGACCCCGGGAUUCCAGGAACAGACGGCCGCUCUGGACUCCCUGGACCUCCGGGUCCUAAAGGAGAGCCUGGUAGCCCAGGAGGUCCAGGUGUUCCCGGACCUCCUGGACUUAAAGGCCAAAUGGGAGACAUGGGAUUUCCAGGUCCAUCAGGGCUGAAAGGUACAUCAGGACUGCCAGGUACACCAGGAUCCCCAGGAGUGCCAGGAUCACCUGGUUUCCCUGGAGUCAAAGGUGACCCAGGUUCUGCUGGCAUUGGACCAGCUGGACUACCUGGACCCAAGGGUGAGCCAGGCCAGCCAGGGUACACAGGAAGUCCAGGACAGAAAGGAAACCCGGGAUUACCAGGUUCCGCAGGUGUACCAGGAAGACCGGGCGAUAAAGGUGACCCUGGACUCCCAGGAUUUCAAGGUCCUCCUGGUAUACCUGGUCCUAAGGGUCUUGAUGGUGGACCUGGUGGCCCAGGUUUCCCGGGAGCUCCUGGCAGACCAGGACAGCCUGGUCUGCAAGGAGCACCUGGACCAUCAGGAGACAAAGGUCAGGCAGGUCGGGAUGGGAUUCCAGGACCAGCUGGAAUCAAAGGAGAGCCAGGGCUUCCAGGUUAUGGUGGUCCAGGUCCUGCUGGAAGUCCAGGACUACCAGGUGGUAAGGGAGACCCAGGUCCUCCUGGUCCACCCGGCAACCCUGGUUUCCCUGGUUCUAAAGGAGACCCUGGCAUCAUUGGUCCCCCUGGUCUGCAAGGUCAACCAGGGCCUCCUGGGCCUGUUGGGCUGGCUGUGCUAGGCCCUAAAGGUGACGUAGGACAACCUGGACCACCCGGAAGAUCAGGCCCUUCAGGUCCUCCAGGUGCACCCGGUCCACAAGGUCCUCGUGGACUCCCAGGAAGUGGCGGCGUUAAGGGAGAUAAGGGUAUUCCUGGCUCUCCUGGCAUUCCUGGCAUCCCCGGACAGAAGGGAGAAACGGGUUUUCCAGGAAGUGUGGGUGGCCUUGGUCCUCCUGGUCCUCCUGGUAUAAAGGGAGACUUAGGACCGCCCGGUGUUCCAGGAUUCCCUGGCUUAAAGGGUGAAGAUGGAUUUCCUGGUAACCCUGGAAUACCUGGAGAUCGUGGACUUCCUGGAGAACAGGGCCCUCCGGGUGAUCCUGCUCAAGUUCCAAAUCCCAUUGUAGUCAAGGGAGAGCGGGGACCCCCUGGUCCUGCAGGCGUGCCUGGUUCUCAGGGAUCGCCUGGUUUGCCUGGUGUACCUGGAAACACAGGUAUGAAAGGUGACCCUGGACAACCUGGGCCUGAUGGUCCUCCUGGCUUCAACGGCCCUCCUGGCAGGAAAGGCGACACUGGUCCUGCCGGUCAGCCUGGUGAGCGUGGCAGUCCUGGUCCCCGUGGUUCAGACGGUCCACAGGGUCCUCCUGGUCUUCCAGGAUCAGUCUCUGCGGGCCCUGGUUUUUUCAUCACCCGACACAGCCAGAGCACCGAAGACCCCGAGUGCCCCGAUGGAACUAGGUUUCUCUAUAAUGGAUACUCUCUGUUGUACGUGCAGGGCAACGAGAGGGCACACGGGCAGGACCUUGGCACAGCUGGUAGCUGUCUACGCAGGUUCAGCACCAUGCCCUUCAUGUUCUGCAACAUCAACAAUGUCUGCAACUUUGCUUCCCGUAACGACUACUCCUACUGGCUGUCCACGGACAGACCCAUGCCCGAGAAUAUGGCCCCCUUCGUGGGAGAGAAUAUAAGGCCUUAUGUCAGCAAGUGUUCAGUGUGUGAAGCUCCCGCCAUGGUGAUUGCACUCCACAGUCAGACUAUCCGGAUUCCUGCUUGCCCUGACACCUGGGAGACACUGUGGAUAGGAUACUCCUUCAUGAUGCACACCAGUGCAGGCGCAGAGGGCUCCGGUCAGGCUCUUGCCUCCCCCGGCUCCUGCCUGGAGGAGUUCCGCAGCUCUCCCUUCAUCGAGUGUCACGGCAGAGGGACGUGCAACUUCUAUUCCAACUCCUAUAGCUUCUGGCUGGCCACCGUGGAGGCUUCUGAGAUGUUCAGAAAGCCCCAGUCUGAGACCUACAAGGCAGGUAGCCUACGGACACGUGUCAGCCGCUGUGUGGUCUGCAUGAAGAGGACGUAACAGCAUACAUGCCACCAAGCAAACACACCGCUGACAGGGGUGUGGUGGGGCACCCAAUCGAUGACAGGGGAUGAUUGGAUGUCAGGAGACAAGUGUGGCGGGGGGAGGGGGGGAGCAGUCACGAUGAGUUGGAAUUCCAAUGGUGCAUUGUCUUCCAGAAAAACAAACUACAACUAAAACAAUGGUGCUACUGUGCAACACAGCUAAAAAAAAAAAAAAAGAGAAAAAAAAGAAAAGAAAAGAAAAAAACUGACGUAAAUAAAUCUUACAUUUAGUCUUUGUUUUUCUUAAGAAGUACCUCAAAAUGAAAGCAGAAUAUAUCCAAUUCCUGGUGCCAUGAUGGAUGUGUGACAACAAAAGUACUUUUUUCUUUCUUUAGCCUUUUUUUUCACCCAAAAGGAUCAUUGUUCCCUUUCCCUUUUUUUUUUUUAAUUUACUUUUGACAUGUUGGCACAGCAAAAAAUGUGACAGAAUUAUUCUUUUUUUUUUUUUUUUGGUUUUGUUUUUUUUGAUUAGGAGUGGAUGGUUUUCACAGUUAACCAAAUCGGCACUUUGACUUCGGAACAUCCAUGAGGACAGAUGCACUGAUGAUGAGCUUUCCAUAGUGAGACCGACUGUCUUUUUCUUUUUUUUUAAUUACCAGCUCUUCAUUCACCCACCCUUUCUUUUUCUCUCUGUGCCAUUUCUCUGUUGUUUUACAUUACAUUUGGUGGUAAUAACCUUGCUAGCCCACUCUUUGCUAACAUCACACCUUUUUUCUCUUACUUUUUUGUUGUAAGUAAUAAAAUGUGUAUAUUGUGUAAAACACCUUUUGUUUUUAGUGUAUUAGAUCUUGAAUCAGUACCAGCUGUUUGUUAUGCACGACAAUUUUCCAGGUUGUUCUUAGCUCACACAUUCACUUCACGCAUGUCGACUUGAUAUUGUACAAAGUAAGGCUUUUAUGAAUGAAACAGUAUUUUAUAUAUAUAUAUAAUAAAUAUAUAUUUGAAAAAAAAGAGGAUUAAAAGGUAUAUAAACUUUAUUCGGCUGUGGGCAGAUUGUUUGCUGUGUUUAACCACAAAAACAGUCACGCAUUGCAUUUUACCGACAAAUAAAGCUUACUACUGAACACAAACAGCCAUUUUCCUGAAAAUGUAACAGUCUUAUGUGAUAUUAACGAUGCCAAUGCUUCAACCUUUUGUAUUGAAUUUGUAGAAUGAAUAAAUGUCGAACUGAAAUAAAGGGGAUUUGCUUUUAGCUAGUCUAAUGAUUGGGGAAUGUUACAGGUAUCUGUGGGAGGGGAAAAGGGAUUUGAUUUUAAUCUUAACUAUUUGAUUAGAAAACUGGGACAUUAGUGUAUUUUUUUGUUUUGUUUUUAACAUUUCCAGGUGCUGGGCUUUUCUGUAAAAAGAGGUCCUGAGGUUUUUGAAGGGGCUGCCUUUGCACCCGACACCUUCAAAUCCACUUUCACUGGCUUGAAUUUGCAUCCUAAAUUGGUUCAAGUGUUCACACUUUACCCUGUGGUAACAUAGGUUUGAGCGUCUGUAUGUUUAAAUCAAGUGAAAUAGUCCCCGAUGUGAUGCUUUGCUCACAUCAGGUGUACAAAUUCCUGAUGUACUGUAAGUCUACAAGAGCUGUUUUUUU